UUCUGAUAUAGGCAGCCUUGCCAGAUACUGUACGACCUUUUGUUGAUAGUGAUUACGUGAAUUAUUUUUGCGAAUUAAACGCUUGCCGAGCCACAUAAAAGACAUCAUGUUUUCGCCCACGCGUGCCCUGCGCCCGGCCCUGAGCCGAUGCUACAGCCAGAUCAAAGGAGGACCAGUCUCUAGUGGAGGUAGAUCCAGCGCCGCAGGAUCUGGAUCCGCAUCCUCCCAGUCGGGAGGCCCAUCUUCGCCAGCCGUUACGGGAUUGACCAGCAACUGCGUCAAGCCCACCACUGGACCCGUGGGACCCGGUGCCUCCGCCACUGGUGGCUACAAAGUGCCCGAAUACUACAGCUUCAAUCGCUUCAGCUACGCAGAAGCGGAGGUGGAGAUGGCUAAGUACCGCUGCCCGCAGCCCUCGGCGCUCAAGUAAAACGAUUGUAAUAAAACCAAAAUGUUAAUAUUAAAUAUAAACCAAUAAAAAAAGGGAGUUCAAAAUCA